AUGCUUAUCGUUGAUUUUGAAAGAGAUAUUGGUCCCAUCAAGAUCAAGGGUACCAUCGAGAAGGCCGGUCAGAUUAAAGGCGAGAUUGGAACCCAUAUUCCAGCCUUUGACUACAAGUCACUCAAUCCAUUUGCCGGCUUUAUCAAAGAUGGCGUCCAUGGAAGCUUUGAUCUCAGGGCUGGGAUCACUGAUUCCUACUUUUGUAUAUCAGUCAAGGGCCAUGCUGUCAUAGCCCAGACCAACCUACCUGAUAAGGGACAUGAAACCACAAUCUUCGAGUUGGAGGCGACCGUUCAAGGUGCAAUUCGUUUCACCAGACACAAUAAUGUAGCUUAUUUCGAUAGUGUCGAUGGCUCGCCGUGUCAUUUCGAAUUUGACUUUCAGGGCUUCAACUUGUCACCAUUGGAUACACCUAUUGCCAUACUCACCUACAGGUCUCUCCAAAAGCUGCACGGACCUCAGACUGUUCAGGGUAUAAUUGAACCGACCAAAUAUUCCUUCAAGCCCCAGGUGGAGAAAAUAUAG